AUGACUGGUAUCUAUAGUGAAGUAUUGCCUCUCAUCAUCAAGACCGAGCGAUCUCUACACCUACCCUCUAUAGUCGCUCUGCCGCUUGCCGCCUGCGGCCUAUCCCUGCUGCUGAUCAUCAUCCGCCUCGCCCACCGCUACGUUGUCUCCCGUAAAGGUGUUGCGUACAAGGUCCUCCCGAACGAUGGCUCCGAGAAUGAAACUCUCCAUGGCGUGUCCGAAAGCGAGUCCGACACCAUGCUCUUCCAGGCGAUGCAGAAUGAGCAAUUGCAGGUUGAGAUCGAUCGGCCACGUGGAGAGAUCGCGGUUGUGUCAUUAGAGAUUGUGGCGCUGGUCGGCCAGGUCACUCUCUACAUCGUGAUUCUGUCGACCGAUGGUUGGGGCCGCCAUGGGACCUUUCCUGCCAUUGCAGGCCUGGUAUCCUGGGGUUACAUUUUGUUCCUGGUGCUGGUGCGGUUCCUUCUGUCGACGAUGGAUCUUUUCUCCGCUCCGAGGUUAUGGACCCAUACCGCUAUCCUGUAUGCGCUGCAAUGGCUAUUCAACGUGAUGAUAUUCCGGUCCGCCAUUAUCCAUCCGAUGUCCCGGCGGGCAACUAUCUUCAGCGGCAUUGAAUUUGGUCUGGGUACGCUGCUGCUCCUGAUUUCUCUCACCACUCGGCGCGGCAACAAACCGGUCUUGGUCGAGCGUGAAGAUGGCCUGGAGCCCCCAAGGCACCCAAUGGCCAGCUUGUUGUCCUUGGCGACCUUCUCCUGGUUGGAUCCGCUGGUUUGGAAGGGAUACCGCCAAGCACUGGAACUGGAAGACGUGUGGAACCUGACUGCCUCUCAGAAGGCUGCCACCGUUCUUGGGGAAUUCCGCAAAAGGCAAAUGAAGGGCUCUCUGGCUUGGAAGUUGCUCCGUUUCUUUUCCACUACGAUUCUGCUGCAAGGUGCCUGGACGGUGUUUGCGAACCUGUUUGUCUUCAUGCCCAGUCUUCUUCUCAAGGCCAUCCUCGAAUACGUCGAAGACCCUCGCUCGACGACCCCCAGUGCCGCCUGGUUCUACGCAAUUCUUCUUUUCUGCUCGGCCACGGUUCAAGGUGUGGCAGACGGACAAGCCCUGUUCAUUGGUCGCAAGAUGGGCGUCAAGGUUCGCGCGAUUAUCAUUGGCGAAAUCUAUGCCAAAGCAUUGCGGCCCGCCAAUAACCAAGGACGCCAACAAGAAGAAGAAGAAGAGCCUUUUUCCCGCAAGAAGAAAAAUAGUGACGACUCCGAGGCCACGCAUAAACCAGAGUCGGAUCUAGAUGACGCCGCAAUGCAAGCCAAUGUCGGAACUAUCAUCAAUUUGAUGGCCAUUGACUCCUUUAAAGUGAGCGAGGUCGGUGCAUAUCUGCACUUUCUAUGGGCCAGUGUGCCGGUGCAGGUUAUCAUGGCGGUUACCCUUCUGUACCGAAUCAUGGGAUUCAGCUCAUUUGCUGGUAUCGUCUUGAUGGUUCUGAUGUUGCCGAUCAAUCUAGUCAUCGCUCGGCAGUUCAACAAAGUGCAGAACGAGAUCCUUAAAGGCACCGAUGCUCGCAUCCAUACCACCAACGAAGUCCUCCAGAACAUCCGCAUCAUCAAGUAUUUUGCCUGGGAACAGCGGUUCCAUGACAUCGUCAACGAGAAGCGCAGGGCAGAGCUGAAGGCGCUCCGCAAACGUUAUAUCCUCUGGUCCUGCGCUGCCACGGUUUGGUAUGGUACGCCAAUCUUGAUUACCUUCAUGUCUUUUUUCCUGUAUACCGUUGUUGAGAAGAAGCAAUUGACGCCGUCGAUCGCGUUCCCGGCUUUGUCCAUGUUCUCUCUCCUUCGGGUACCUCUCGACCAGCUAGCCGAUAUGGUGGCGCACGUUCAGGAAUGCAAAGUUUCACUGGAUCGUGUGGACAAGUACCUCAACGAGGAAGAGACCGGCAAAUACGAUCAGCUGCGCGAUAGCACGGUUGCCGGUGGUCCCACGCACAUCGGGUUGGACAUGGCCACUCUGACCUGGGGCAAUUCCAAACCCCAGCCUCAGGGCGGUUCCUCUGACAAUGGCACGGACGGUUUCCGUUUGAUCAAUAUCGAUAUUGAUUUCCACAUUGGGAAGUUGAACAUCAUCGCCGGUCCCACGGGUGCCGGCAAGACUUCUCUGCUGAUGGCUCUGCUCGGCGAGAUGAGACUGCUUGAAGGGCGAGUGCAUCUUCCAGGCGGGGCGGCUAGCCGUGCUGAUCUUCCCGUUGACCCUCAAACGGGCUUGGUUGACAGCAUUGCUUACUGUGCCCAGGAGGCCUGGUUAGUGAACGCCACCGUGAAGGAGAACAUCACCUUCGCCUCCCCCUACGACGAGCGCCGCUACCGAGCAGUUCUUAAGGCUUGUGCUCUGGAACGGGACCUUGCCAUUCUCGAUGCCGGCGACCAGACUAUGGUUGGAGAGAAGGGCAUUAGUCUUUCUGGAGGCCAGAAGCAGAGAAUCUCUCUCGCCCGAGCUGUUUAUAGCUCUGCCCGCCACCUUUUGCUGGACGAUUGUCUCUCUGCCGUGGACUCACACACUGCCAAGCAUAUUUUCAACCAAGCCCUGACGGGGCCGUUGAUGUUGAACCGCACUUGCAUCCUGGUCACUCACAAUGUGGCCCUCACCGUGCCCCACGCUGAUCACGUUGUUAUGCUUGAGAAUGGAAAAGUGACCACUCAGGGUACCCCGAAUGAGGUUGCGGCAACCGGGGCACUUGGCGAUGAGUUCCUCAAGUCUAGACCGCAGUCUCACGCCAGCUCACGCGUCCUGUCUCGUGUGGCGUCCGACCUUGAAGAACGGCAACAUGAAGCGGACGGUGAGAAUGCGGAUGCCGCGAACGGCACAGCCAAUGGUACAGUAGCGAAGAAGGAUGAGCAAUCAAAGCUGACCGAGUCCAAAACCACCGGUAGCAUUGAGUGGUCCGUGGUCAAAAUGUACCUUCAGUCAAUGGGUCCUUGGUAUUACUGGAUCGUGGCCGUCACCGUGUUCUGUCUGCAGCAGCUGGGCUCGGUGGCUACCAACAUCUGGAUUCGGGAAUGGGCAAACUCGUAUCACACUGCGAAAGUUGGGAUAGAAGAUAACGCAGGCCGCUAUGCUGCUGUCACGAACCUGAAGCUGCCAUCGUUCAACGUCGGCAGCGUGUCGAAACUUAGCACCAUGGCUCCUCCCCAGCUCAACUCGCGCUCGACCGGCGCUCCGGAUGGCGAAGUCAACGUGCUCUAUUACCUGGGCGUCUACGCACUCUUGGGCUUCUUUUAUAUCGUCAUUUCUCUUACUCGAGAAGGUGUUUUGUUCUGGGGCUCACUUCAUGCAUCGUGGAAAAUUCAUGAUCGUCUACUGAAGGCUGUCAUGCACGCCAAGUUCCGGUUCUUUGAUUCGACUCCCCUUGGCCAACUCAUGAACCGAUUUUCCAAGGAUGUGGAGUCGGUCGACCAGGAAGUUGCAGCCGUGGCGAUUGGUAUGCUUCACAGUCUGGCCUCCGUUAUUAUGAUCGUCAUUUUGAUUUCCAUAAUCACACCUGGAUUCCUGAUCGCGGGCAUUUUCAUCACCUUGGUGUACACUGCGCUUGGCGCCGUGUAUCUGAAUUCCUCCCGUGACCUUAAGCGCCUCGAGUCUGUGCAACGCAGUCCACUAUACCAGCAGUUCGGUGAGACCCUUAACGGCAUUGUCACCAUUCGUGCCUAUGGCGACGGACCUCGGUUCAUUGUGGACAACCACAAACGCAUCAACGCCUACAACAGGCCCCACAUCUACCUUUGGGCUAGCAAUCGGUGGCUGGCGCUCCGCGUUGACUGGACUGGCGCCCUGGUCUCUUUCUUCUCGGCUACUUUUGUGCUUCUCAGCGUCGGAAAGAUCGAUGCGGGUGCUGCUGGUCUCUCUCUGACUUAUGCUGUCACAUUCACGGAGAAUGUCCUCUGGCUUGUCCGCCUCUACUCGGAAGUCCAACAGAACAUGAACUCCGUUGAGCGUGUGAAAGAGUAUCUCGACGUUGAUCAGGAGGCGGCACCUGUCAUUCCUGAAUCCCGACCCGAGGCAGACUGGCCCAGCCAAGGCGCGGUGCAGUUCAAUGGCUAUACUACACGGUAUCGGCCUGACUUGGACGCAGUCCUCAAGGAGGUCUCCUUUAACAUCCAGCCGGGUGAGAAAGUGGGCAUUGUUGGUCGCACGGGUGCUGGCAAGAGUUCCCUUGCACUCGCUCUCUUCCGUGGCCUGGAAGCCGAGAAAGGUCAGAUCAUCAUUGACGGUGUCGAUAUUGGAUCCAUCGGGCUGCGUGACUUGCGUGAGGCGAUCACCAUCGUGCCCCAGGACCCGACUUUGUUCACCGGAACCAUUCGCAGCAAUCUCGAUCCGUUCGGCCUGUUCAACGACGAGGAACUUUUCACGGCUUUGCGGCGAGUGCACCUAAUUGGGUACGGUACAUCGGGCACCGCAACCCCAAUGACAUCCAGCACUUUCACCGCAGCUGAGUCCAACGCCCCCAACGGCAGCACAGCCACCAUCGCCGACAACAAAAACAUCUUCCACAACCUGGAGACCGCUGUAUCGGAGUCCGGGUCAAAUCUUUCCCAAGGCCAGCGCCAACUUCUAUGCCUUGCCCGCGCGAUGCUCAAGAAACCACGCGUGCUGAUGAUGGACGAAGCCACCGCCUCGAUCGACUACGCCACCGAUGCAAAGAUCCAGGAAACACUCCGCGAGCUGCGCGACAGCACCAUCAUCACCAUCGCCCAUCGCCUGCAAACCAUCAUCGACUACGAUAAGGUCCUGGUUCUUGACCAUGGCCGAGUCAUCGAGUUUGAUCAUCCCUGGACGUUGAUCAAUAAACCCGAUGGCCUCUUCCGUGGUAUGUGUGAUAAUAGUGGUAACAUGGAAGUUCUCCUUGACGGAGCCAAGCGGGCCUGGGCACAGAAGCGCCUUAUCGACGACUCCUAA